CCCGCCCUCCCUCUCGAAUCCCCAGCAAACCUCUCCCGCGAUUUAGUCCGAACAAUCGUCAGCACCGCUGCAUUUCAUCCGACGAGCCGAAAAUUGCUCGGAGACCUUCGCCGCGCGCCUAGGUUUCCCCCGGCACUUGCCCAGAUCCGCGACGACCUGCGGCGAUUUGUCGCUCAUGAGCGCCUGUAGAGCGGACCGCUUGCUAGUUUUCCCAGUAAUUUCGGCUCUAAUUCCAGGUGGCCACGGUCCGAGGGGAGGCGGAUGAACAGGAGCGUGUGCCACCACCUGCUCGCCCAGUGCAGAUCCCUGCGAGAGCUGAAGAGUAUCCACGCCCGGGCCGUCACCCAUGGCCUCCACCCGUGUAACCAGUCCAUCUCGUGUAAGCUCUUCCGGUGCUAUGCCGACUUCGGCCGCCCCGCCGAGGCGCGCCGGCUGUUCGGCGAGAUCCCCUGCCCGGACCUCGUCUCCUUCACCAGCCUCAUGUCGCUCCACCUCCAGCUAAACCAGCACCAUGAGGCCAUGUUCACGUUCUCGUGCGCCAUCGCCUCCGGUCACCGCCCUGAUGGCUUUGUGGUUGUCGGCGCUCUCUCGGCGUCUGGCGGGGCUGGGGAUCUUUGUGCUGGUUCGGCGGUGCAUGGCCUGAUUUUCCGUUGCGGGUUGGGCUCAGAGUUGGUCGUCGGCAAUGCUCUGGUUGAUAUGUAUUGCCGGUGCGGGAGGUUUGAGGGCGCGCUAGGGGUGUUUGAUGAAAUGGCGGUGAAAGACGAGGUCACCUGGGGCAGCAUGCUGCAUGGGUAUAUGAAGUGUGUCGGUGUGGACUCAGCGUUGUCCUUCUUUGACCGGAUGCCGGUGAAGAGCAUGGUUUCCUGGACGGCGUUGGUGACCGGCCAUGUUCAGGCCAAGCAGCCUAUCCGAGCUCUAGAAAUUUUUGGUAGGAUGGUGCUGGAAGGUCACCGCCCCACACAUGUUACAAUUGUAGGUGUACUGUCUGCUUGCGCUGACAUUGGCUCCCUAGAUCUUGGGCGUGUCAUUCAUGGGUACGGAAGUAAAUUCAAUAUCAGCACAAAUGUAAUUGUUAGCAAUGCUCUGAUGGACAUGUAUGCAAAGAGUGGAAGCAUAGAGAUGGCAUUUGCCGUGUUCGAAGAAGUGCUGGUGAAGGAUGCAUUCACAUGGACAACCAUGAUCUCGAGCUUCACUGUCCAGGGUGAUGGGAUAAAAGCUCUUGAGCUCUUUGAGGACAUGCUAAGGUCUGGGAUUGUUCCAAAUAGUGUCACCUUUGUGUCUGUUUUGUCAGCCUGCAGCCAUGCUGGGUUAAUACAGCAAGGCAGAGAGUUAUUUGAUAAAAUGCGUAGGAUCUACAACAUUAAACCGCAGCUUGAGCACUAUGGAUGCAUUGUUGAUUUGUUAGGACGGGGUGGGCUAUUAGAGGAAGCAGAAGCCCUGAUAUAUGAUAUGGAUGUGGAACCUGAUACUGUUAUAUGGAGGUCACUUCUUAGUGCGUGCCUUGUUCAUGGCAAUGAUAGAUUGGCUGAGAUUGCCGGGCAGGAGAUUAUAAAGAGAGAACCAGGGGAUGAUGGGGUUUAUGUGCUUCUUUGGAACAUAUACGCCUCAUCAGAUAGGUGGAAACAAGCUCUGGAUAUAAGAAAACAAAUGCUGACAAGGAAGAUCUUCAAAAAACCAGGGUGUAGUUGGAUUGAAGUCGAUGGUGGUGUCCAUGAAUUCUUGGUACAGGACAAGGCGCAUGAUGCUCGAAGGGAAAUUUACGACACCUUGGAAGGAAUUGAUAGGCAGUUAAAGAUGGAUCUUAGAUCAUCCCCACUGGAAGAAAACUCAUUAAUCUGUGUGGAUGAGGAGCUCUUAUUCUAAAUAUGUAUACUGGCCAUUUCUUCAUUAAUAACUUAUAUAAGAUACUUUCUGAGUUCCUGAGAUAGUCUUGUGUCUUAUCCCAGAAUUUUUGGAUUUUGUACCAAAUACUGUUAUUAAUGCACUGUUCAUAUAUUGUUAUGCCUUGUCUUGUGAUUAUCAGUGCCUUUUUCUGUAUUAUGCUGAAAACUUGAAGUAAAUGCACUGUAUUUUUCUGUUUGAUUGGGGUUUCAUGUGCUGUGGAGUCAUUAACAUUCAUAAGUUAUCCACUUUAAAAGCAUGCGAUACUUCCAUUGGUUGUUGAUAUUUGAUAAAAGAAGAGUAGAUAGGUAGUCCAGUUAUGUACAUGUUUGCAAUCAUUUUCAGCUAUCUUGUUUUGUUCUGUUUGUAUUCCGUACCUAUGAAUGUUUCAUCAAGUUGCUUGCUUUGUAAUAAACACCACUUCUAACUUUCUCUUUCACC